UUAUGUUCAAUUCACACGUGCAAAUAAUUUGACAAGUGUUUAGUGUUUACAUUGAUAAUUAUUAAUUUUGUUAAUUAAGUAAUUAAUAUUUAUGCAAAUUGUUUAAAAAAAUCUAAAUAAAACAUGCAAGUGCUAUCGCCAUAUAAUAAACAACACGAGAUAUACAUUGGAUCACAAAUAGGAACAUUAAAAAAAUGUACAACGAAUUCCCAAAACAAAGACUCAAAAGAUGCCAAAAAGUUAAAAGAAAUAAAAAACUUGAAAGAUACAUGUGAAACCGAUGUUGGCUCAUCGAUUACUUCUAUGUGUUGGAUCAACCCGGAGAAGACCCAAAUAUUGUUUGCACAAAAGAAUAAUGUUGUGCGAUUGUAUAAUACAAAGAAGGAAGGUACAAAGCUGGUUUUGAGAGUGGAGGAUAAGAAUCCUAUUGUUGGAGUGUUUCAGUGCAAAAAGAUUACAGCAACUUGCACAAAUGAAGGUGAUCUAACAUUUUGGGAAAACGAUGAAAAGCAAAAGGAAAUCAAUGUCGGCAAACAUGUAUCAGCAUUCCAACAAUGUUCAAGUUCCAAAAAUUUAUUAGUCACCGGUGGAAAGGAUAAUAACACCAGAGUUUGGGAUAUUAAUACCGGGACGAGUACAUUUACUGCAAAAAAUGAGCCUCACGAUGCUCUACAAAUGGAAGUGCCUGUAUGGGUAUCCGAUUCAGUUUUUCUACCAGAAAAUGAAAGUCUAAUAGCAACUUCUUCGAGGUAUGGUAAAGCUAGGUUGUACGAUGUCAGAACACAGCGCAGGCCUGUCACAAUAGUCGAUGUGCAGACAGCUUUAACAGCAAUUAGUCCUUGCUAUCACCAAGAAAGGACGGUUUUGGUUGGUACAACAACUGGAACAAUGCAAUUAAUAGAUCUGCGAGCCAAAGGACGAGCCUUGAAUACAUAUAAAGACUUUGCUGGAUCUGUAACCAAAAUAUACUGUGACGACAAAGAUCCAUUUAUUGUAAGCGUGUCUUUGGACAGGUUUUUGAGAGUACAUCAUCGAGACACUAAGAAGCUAGUUUAUAAGGUUUAUAUAAAAACAAAGCCAUCGUGUUUGUUAGUUAAAAAUCUCGAAACUAAAACCAAGAAGGUUCCUGAAGAUGGCGAGAAAGAACCACAAGAUGGAUCGGAUUCUGAGGACGAUUGUUUGAGCGGUUUACCGACUAUUCAAUAA